AGAGCUGAAGACGUUGUGCCACUUGGACGGCCUAGUUAUCCAGCUAAGCUAAAACAAUCUCUACAUUUAGCUGUUUCUACCUGCAGUUUUACAGAGAAUCUUAAAUCAGUUCAAUUAAAAACAGCAUUUGGAGAGGAUUAACUCACUGAUCCUGAGAGAUAAAGAAGAACAAAAGCCGUAUUCUUUGUACUAUGACCAGUCAAGAAGAAACUCAGACAGACCUUCACCACUGCUUAGUGUGUGGAAAGAGUUUUAGUCAAGAGAAGGAUCUCACAGCACACCAGCGCAUCCACAGACAAGACAAACCACAUCAGUGCUCACAGUGUGGAAAGAGUUUUAAUUAUAAGUAUCUUCUACAACAACAUCAGCGCACUCAUACAGGAGAGAAGCCACAUCAGUGCUCACAGUGUGGAAAGAGUUUCUUUCAUAAAUAUCGUCUCCAACAACAUCAGCACAUUCAUACAGGAGAAAAACCGCAUCAGUGCUCACAGUGUGGAAAGAGUUUCAUUUAUAAAUAUCUUCUCCAACAACAUCAGGGCAAUCACACAGGAGAGAAGAAGCCGCAUCAGUGCUCACAGUGUGAAAAGAGUUUCAGUUAUAAAUGUUAUCUCCAACAACAUCAGCGCACUCAUACAGAAGAGAAGCUGCAUCAGUGCUCACAGUGUGGAAAGAGUUUUACUCAAAAGUGUUAUCUCAAGAAACAUCAGCGCAUUCACACAGGAGAGAAGCUGCAUCAGUGCUCACAGUGUGGAAAGAGUUUCAAUUAUAAAUGUCUUCUCCAACAACAUCAGCGCAUUCAUACAGAAGAGAAGCCGCAUCAGUGCUCACAGUGUGGGAAAAGUUUUACUCAAAAGUGUUAUCUCAAGAAACAUCAGUGCGUUCACACAGGAGAAAAGCCGUAUCAGUGCUCUCAGUGUGGGAAGAGUUUUAAUCAAAAGGAUUAUCUCAAGAAACAUCAGCGCCUUCACACAGGGGACAAACCGUUUCACUGUUCACAGUGUGGAAAGAGUUUUAAUCAAAGCGGCACUCUUCGAGAACAUCAGCGUAUUCACACUGGGGAGAAGCCAUAUUACUGCUCAGAGUGUGGGAAGAGUUUUAGUAAUUCAAGCAAUUUCCAACAACAUCAGCGUAUUCACACUGGAGAGAAGCCGUAUUACUGCUCCAUGUGUGGAAAUAAUUUUUCUCGAAUCAGCUCUUUUAACAAGCAUCUACGUACGCAUACUGAAGAGUUUGAGCCAUCCAUGGUGUCAGACAGGCCCAACCUGGAGCAGCAGCCUGCCGCUGAAGGUGUUGCACCUGUGGUUUCAGCCUCUCUUUCUGCUGAGCUAAAAACUCAGAAAACUCCCAAAACUCAGCAGCCCAGGAAACAAACAAAUCGAAAGUGUUCGAAGACACGAAUCCUGACUGAUACACCUGAAAAGCAGGCAAUUGAGAGAGCCCAUGAAGAAAGGAAAAAUAAACUGAAAGGCAAAACAGAAAUAACCCACAAAAAGCAAGGAAUGCGGAAGAGGAAACAAACCCAGACAAAAAUUGCAGUGGAAAGCAGCUCUGAGGAGAGUGAUGUCCCCAUCCCAUUUGAAGACACUUCUGAGUAUAAGAGUUCCAGCGAUGAAAGAAGUGAACCAGAUGUCUCAGAUCUGGUAGUUGGUGACUUUGUCAUCGUAAGAUUUGCAUCCAAAUCCAGGAGCCACCAUUACAUUGGCCUGAUUGACAGCUUUGCAGACAACGAAGUGAGUGCCAGAUUUCUCAGAAGAAUCCGAGGGAUCACUGGCAGUAAGAAACCCACCUUUGUGUUCAAGGAAAAUGAUAAGGCAUCUUUCCCACGCAAUGAUGUGCUGAAGAAGCUACCUCAACAGGCUGGAGGAACUGCAAGGAGGGAGCAACAGUUCAUAUUCCCCUGCAACCUUGAUAAGAUAAAGAAGAACAAAAGCCGUAUUCUUUGUACUAUGACCAGUCGAGAAGAAACUCAGACAGACCUUCACCACUGCUUAGAGUGUGGAAAGAGUUUUAGUCAAGGAAAGUAUCUCACAGCACACCAGCGCAUCCACAGACAAGACAAACCACAUCAGUGCUCACAGUGUGGAAAGAGUUUUAAUUAUAAGUAUCUUCUACAACAACAUCAGCGCACUCAUACAGGACAGAAGCCACAUCAGUGCUCACAGUGUGAAAAGAGUUUCAUUCAUAAAUAUCGUCUCCAACAACAUCAGCACACUCAUACAGGACAAAAACCGCAUCAGUGCUCACAGUGUGGAAAGAGUUUCAUUUAUAAAUAUCUUCUCCAACAACAUCAGGGCAAUCACACAGGAGAGAAGAAGCCGCAUCAGUGCUCACAGUGUGGAAAGAGUUACAUUUAUAAAUAUCUUCUCCAAAAACAUCAGCGUAAUCAUACAGGAGAGAAGAAGCCGCAUCAGUGCUCACAGUGUGGAAAGAGUUUCAAUUAUAAAUGUCAUCUCCAACAACAUCAGCGCACUCAUACAGAAGAGAAGCCGCAUCAGUGCUCACAGUGUGGAAAAAGUUUUACUCAAAAGUGUUAUCUCAAGAAACAUCAGUGCGUUCAUACAGGAGAGAAGCCGUAUCAGUGCUCACAGUGUGGGAAGAGUUUUAAUCAAAAGGAUUCUCUCAAGAAACAUCAGCGCAUUCACACAGGGGACAAACCUUUUCACUGCUCACAGUGUGGUAAGAGUUUUAAUCAAAGCAGCACUCUUCGAGAACAUCAGCGUAUUCACACUGGGGAGAAGCCAUAUUACUGCUCAGAGUGUGGGAAGAGUUUUAUUAAUUCAAGCAAUUUCCAACAACAUCAGCGCAUUCACACUGGAAACAAACCGUUUCAUUGUUCACAGUGUGGGAAGAGUUUUACUCAAAGCGGCACUCUUUUGAAACAUCAGCGCAUUCACACUGGGGAGAAGCCGUAUUACUGCUCAGAGUGUGGGAAGAGUUUUAGUAAUUCAAGCGAUUUUCAACAACAUCGGCGCAUUCACACUGGAAACAAACCGUUUCACUGUUCACAGUGUGGAAAGAGUUUUACUCAAAGCGGCACUCUUCUGCAACAUCAGCGUAUUCACACUGGCGAGAAGCCGUAUUACUGCUCUAUGUGUGGAAAUAAUUUUUCUCGAAUCAGCUCUUUUAAUAAGCAUCUACGUACGCAUACUGAAGGAGAGGAAAAAAGUAUUCUUAAGGUACAGAUGAAGCACUUUUAAACAGCUGGCUGGUCCGUGAAAGGACCUUGAACUAUCCGUGACAAUUCCUUGAAUUGUCCAUGCAUGGAACAUGAUCCCCCGCGAUGAUGCAGUGAACGAAGCCCCAUCCUAUAAACGCCCCUUUGUUUUUUAAUUUUUAAUAAAAUGGUUGCAAUGCUGUAUAAUCCCCCCAGGUGGUGUAGUAACUGAUUCAGUUAACUGCAGCUCUUGCAUUGUCCACAUAUUUUCAUGAUUAAAUCAAGUUUGUCAUCUUGGAGAUACAUAUAUACAGUACAGAGUACCGCUCCCGAACUAUGCUUUUCAUGCAUGCGACAUCGGGCCACUGCCACUCUCAAAUACUUUCAAAAUAAUAAUAUAAAAACAUUUGAAUGUCAGCCGAAAUGUAUUUUAAUUCUGCACCAAUAUGUUUUACAUAUAUAAAUAACUAGGCUAAGUAUGGGCUUUAGUAAUUUUAUUCUUACGAAAGGUCAUAAGUAAUUAAGAGUGUUUUUUUUUUUUUUUUUUUUAACACAAUGUGUUACAAUGUAUAGCGAUAUUGACACGAUGUAUUGCAUAUUAACACGAUGCAACUUUACACCUAUGGACAAAGUGGUGCACAUUCGCAGUCAGCGAACCCCACAAUUUCCCACAAAUUUCCCAUGUGGCAAAAUGGUUAAAGCCGCGAUCCAGUUUCAUUUGGUUUUACGCAGUUUCAUGUGCUGUGUGCUGCCUUAUUAUGAUUGGAGCUACACAUCCUGCUCCUGUGCUCCCAGUGAUCCAGACCCCAUCUGCCCUCUGCACCUACUGACUCCCUGUGCUGAACUGGACUUCAUGUUAAUUUAAAGAAUUUCUGUUAUAUUGUACUCUCAGCUGCAUAACACACAUGGUGUUAUAUCAUCUCUAUCUGUUAUCACCCAAAUGAGGAUGGGUUCCCUGUUGAGUCUGGUUCCUCUCAAGGUUUCUUCCUAUUGCCAUCUCAGGAAGUUUUUCCUUGCCACUGUCGCCGUCACCCUUGGCUUGCUCAUCAGAGAAAUUUCAUUCGUUCGUCUCGUUAUUAUCUAGACACA